AUGACAUUAGUACCUCGAUCAGAUCAAGAGCGACCGCUGUACAUGUGGGAGAUUCGCAGCCUGCGGCAGCCCAGAAGCCAGGCUCGAACCAUGACAACCCAGUACAAGGAGGAGAUCUGCGAGAGACCCGAGUGCAAAAGUAAAUCCCCAACUUUGCUUUCUUCUUACUGCAUUGACAGUAUUCUGGGCAGGAGAAGCCCCUGUAAGAUUAGGUGUAUUGGAGCGCAGGCAUUGCCGCUUCUCACAGCCAGAAAUGACCCGGACCCAGCGAGUGAAGGAUCACCCAAGGAGAAUAUGUCGUUUGACACGGAGCUCCAUCUCCCUCCUAAAUUCCGAAGAUUGUACGGCCACGGAGGGAAAAUCCUGGACUCCCGAGGAUUUAAUGACAUUGGGAACGAGAAAUUAGAAAGAGAGCGGUCCUCCGAAGCAUUCCGCAUCGCCGAUCUGAAAAUCAGCCAGGCUCCGCAAGUCAGCAUCAGCCGAAGUAAAUCCUACAAAGAAAACUUCAGUUUGGCCAAAGCGCAGGGAGAGAGUGUACCCAAACUGCCCGGGUCCCCAGGCUUAGAACUGGUGGAGCCGGCCGACAAAUCGCUAGAGGGGGACGCGAAAGAGGACGCGGUUGAAAAUGACUUGUCCCCGAAGCUGGUGGAGGAAGCUCAGACGGACGUGGAUGUGAAGGAUAGCGAGGACAGCUUGUGUUUAUCAGCCGGCAGUGACUCUGAAGAAGGCAUGUUAAAAAGAAAACAGCGGCGGUAUAGGACUACAUUCACCAGCUAUCAGCUGGAAGAACUAGAGCGGGCUUUUCAGAAAACACACUACCCAGAUGUCUUUACCAGGGAGGAACUGGCGAUGCGGCUCGAUUUAACGGAAGCUCGGGUGCAAGUGUGGUUUCAGAACCGCAGAGCCAAAUGGCGAAAGCGAGAAAAAGCUGGAGCCCAGAACCAUCCCGGAGGCUUGCCGUUCCCCAGCCCGCUAGGAGCGGGCCAUCCGCUCGGACCUUACCUGGAUGGCGGUCCCUUCGGACACCACCCAAGCCUCGAGUCCGCCUGGUCAGCCGCCGCAGCAGCAGCAGCCGCAGCGGCCGCCUUCCCUGGGCUCCCGCCUCCACCGGGCUCGGCGGCUCUCUCGCCGAGCGGAGCUCCGCUCGGCCUUGGCACCUUCCUGGGAGCAGCCAUGUUCAGGCAUCCUUUCAUCACCCCGCAUUUCGGCAGGCUCUUCUCGACAGUAGGCCCGCUGACGGGAGCCUCUGCCCCUGCUCUGCUGAGGCAGUCGGCCGCGGGUGUUGAAGGGGGAGUACAAGCCGGCGCCCUCUCAGACCCCGCGGUAGCGGCCGCAGACAGACGAGCGUCCAGUAUCGCAGCACUCAGACUCAAAGCUAAGGAGCAUGCCGCCCAACUCACACAACUCAACAUCCUCCCCGCACCUUCCACUGGCAAAGAAGUGUGCUGAACCCGCACCAAGGAGCUCCACACAGGUUGUUUGUUGAGCAAGACCAAAUUCA